UAAGAAAAUUGUUACUAAAAAUGAAGAUUCACGUGAUUAUUGGAUUUCUAUUGGUAGCAGCUGUUAUCAGGAGUGACGCAAAAUUCUUGCCAACAAAAGAUUGGUUCAAACUUCCAAGUUUCUUUCAAAAGUCACUGCCUGAAGUUUACGAAGACCAUCCGAGAAUCGUUGAGAUCAUAAAACACGUGCCAGUUAUUCAAAAGAUUGAGGUCAUCAAACCCAUCGAAAUAAUCAAGUCUGUUGAAGUGCCAGUUGAGGUAAUCAAAGAAAUUGAAGUCAUUAAGUACGUUCCAAUCAUUCAAGAAGUUAUCAAAGAAGUGCCAGUAAUACGAAGUGUCGCAUUGCCACAAGAAGUCAUUAAAGAAGUCGAGGUUCAAAAAGAGAUUCCAGUCGUCAAGACUGUCGAAAUUCCAAAGCCAUAUGAAGUUGUUAAGCACGUGCCAGUCAUUAAAGAAGUUGAGAGACUCAAGAAAAACGAGCAACCAACUCAACCAGCUCCACAUAAGCAUCCAUUUAUGAAAAUACACAAAUAUACACAAGACAUUCCUCAAAUCCCAUUACCAUCGUUUCCUCAUGUAAAGAAAUUCUUUCAUCACCAACAUGAGACAGCACCAGAAAGCGAAGCACCUGAACAUAAAGUUCAUCAAAUAUCAUGGUAGAAACAAUAAGGAACGAAUGUGAAAUAUUUAUGGACC